CGUACAAGGAUAGAAAGUUUCGGUUUUUACCUUCCGACAACGACAAUGAAGAGAGGCGAUGAGAUUGAAGUCUACUCCGACGAAGAAGGGCUCAAAGGGUCGUGGUUCAGAGCCAUCCUCGAAGACCCUCUGCCUAAAUACGGAACCAAGAAGCUGAAUGUGUCUCUGCUAGCCAACGAUGGUGGCUCCACCACCACUCCGAAAACCACUUACCGGAGAUUCCUCCGGCCGAUUACGCCGGAGAGUCUGUUCGCGGCGGCGGCGGAGUUCGAGGAAGGGUGUGUGGUGGAGGCGUCUCGUGGAGGUGGGUGGUGGACCGGUGUGGUUGUCAAGAAGAUAAACCAUGAGGAUGAUGUAGUUUGGGUUUACUUCGAUUCCCCACCGGUUCUGUUUCAGUUUCAGACAGGACAAGUGAGACAACACUUUGACUGGGUCAAACAAGAAUGGGUCAAACCAAAAAACAAGGUACUGAGUAAUAAGAAGUCUAGGUUUAGUUGUGGGACCAUGGUGGAAGUGAGAGUCAAGGGUACUGAUGUGUGGGUACCAUCAGUGAUUGUCAAGGAGAUGGGAAACAGGAAGAGUUUCGUUGUCAAGUCUUUGAAAAACCUGAGCUGGAGUGAUGAUGGUGGUGAAGCACCGAAACCAAACAUAACCGUUGAUUCAAGCAGCAUAAGACUCACACCGCCAACUGUUUCUGUUGAACGCUUUGGGUUGAUGGAGUCUGUUGAAGUGUUUAUUGACCCGGGAUGGCGUUCAGGGACAGUGACGAGUAUCCUCUGUGAGAAUAGGUACACUGUGUGUUUGAAGGGAGAAAAUGGCUCUCUGGUGUUCAAACACGAUGCACUAAGGCCUUCGGAGGAGACAAUAGCUAAACUCGUCUUGCAAAACACUAGUGAAGUAAAUGGAGAGAAAGAGAAAGAGGUGCCUGAUGAACACAGCAGGGAAGAUGACAGUCGUAAGAGGAAAAGAGGAGAAGUAGAACACAAUCCAGACUUAAGUGAGACUGAGACUGCUACUGAAACUGAAUCAGUUUCAUCUCUAACAGAGUCUGGAACUGAAGAAUUCACUGUCCAGCCGGAGAGCAACGAAGAAGUUAAUAACGAUGAAACGAUGAGAAUAGUCGUUUUGCCUUUUGCUAAGGAGUCGUCGCUUUGGCUGGAACUCGAAACAAAACUAGUCUUCCAGAGAGCACCACAACAAACUCCUCAUUUCAGCCCAUUGGUUGGGAAACCUGAAGUGUCCCGUGAAGGCCGUGCCCUUGGUAUGAUGCUCACCUUUUCCAAGUUGGUGGAAAGCUUCAACGAUCUCGAACCCGACGUUCCCAUGAGCCAACUAGACAGCUUCAGAGAGUCUUUCGCCGAGCUACGGAAACAGGGUUUCGAUGUUUCAGCUCCUCUGGCACGGAUCAACAAGCUAUUGGGUAUCAAAAGUAAACAGCUAAAGGAAAUGGUGAAGCGAAAUGGUCUAGAGGGAGAGAUGAUGGCUCUGAAACACAAGAUUGUUGAGCUGGAGAGGCAGCAAGUGGCUCUGAGAGAGGAGAGUGAAACGGCCUACCGAAAUUUAUCUCAGAUGGAGUCACGUGCAAGAGAUCCUGGCGUAGUGCUUGACAAUCUGGAGUCUGAGUUCAGAGCAACCUCAUCUGCUCCCUGGGGAGAAGCCUGAGUAAAGAAGGAACAAGAGUUCAAUCAAGAAGGAAGAGAUCAGGAUCAGAGUUCCAAUGUCUUUUGCAGCUUUUUUUCUUUUGAGUCAGACAAGCUGUUGUGAUAAGAGUAUGUGAACCUAAAUGGCCUUAGUGUCUAACAACAGGAUCAUCAGAAAUGAAGCUAGCUAACUAUUAAACUUUUAAAGCUUUUGGU